CCAGCCACUGGCGCGCACACACACACACUGAACACUGAAAUCAUCACCCGGACGAUCGACCAAACACAGCAGCACGCAGCAGCUGCGACAACACUCAUUGUCCUUGAUUCCUUCCUUUCUGCGUGCACUGCCAUGGAGGUGGCGUUAGCCAUGGCGCUGGUAGCCUUCUUCCUGCUGCUGCAGCUUGCAGCAGCAGCCGAGGCGACCGCGGUGAACAAGUCGUGCGUGGCCGGCGCAGGCGGCGCGUCCGUGAGCAUCGGGUACGGCGGCGCCAGGGCCAGCGCCGGCGCCGGCGCCGGCGUGUCCCUGGGCGGCGACGCGUACCGCUCCGUGUGCCCCCUGGCCGAGGAGAUCAUCCGCGAGGCCGUCGAGAAGGCCGUCGCCGCCGACCCCCGCAUGGCCGCUUCCCUCCUCCGCCUCCACUUCCACGACUGCUUCGUCAAUGGUUGCGACGGGUCCGUGCUCCUGGACGACAAGCCGUUCUUGGUGGGCGAGAAGACGGCAGGGCCCAACGCCAACUCGCUGAGGGGGUUCGAGGUGAUCGACGCCAUCAAGGCCCAGCUGGAGCUGGCGUGCCCGGACACCGUCUCCUGCGCCGACGUGCUCGCCAUCGCCGCCCGGGACUCCGUCGUCGCCUCUGGCGGGCCGAGCUGGCAGGUGGAGGUGGGCAGGAAGGACAGCCGCACGGCGAGCCUGCAGGCGGCCAACAGCAACCUCCCGGCGCCGACAUCCGGCGUCGCCACGCUCGUGCAGAAGUUCGCCAACGUCGGCCUCUCCGCAAAAGACAUGGUGGCCCUCUCCGGCGCGCACACCAUCGGGAAAGCGCGGUGCACGACAUUCAGCGCGCGCAUCGGUGGCGGGAUGGGGGUCGCGGGCACGGCCAAGGACGCGGGGUUCGUGCAGUCGCUGCAGCAGCUGUGCGCGGGGUCGGCGGGGUCGGCGCUGGCGCACCUGGACCUGGCCACGCCGGCAACGUUCGACAACCAGUACUACAUCAACCUGCUCUCCGGGGACGGCCUGCUGCCAUCCGACCAGGCGCUGGCCGCCGCGCCCGCGGGCGACGAUGACGGUGAUCAGGAUGCCGGCACGCUCGUCGCGGGCCUCGUGGCAGAUUACGCCUUCGACGCGGCUCUCUUCUUCGACGACUUCGCGGCUUCCAUGCUGCGGAUGGGGAGGCUGGCCCCGGCUGGCGGACGCGCCGCUGGCGAGGUCCGCCGCAACUGCCGUGUCGUCAAUUAAGCCAAGUUUAGCACGAUGUGUAGUAAUGUGCGUCACUCUCUCGCGCGCUCUCUCAGUCGGUAUGCAGUUAUGGAUUACGUUUCGGUUAGGCUUGAAGAUUUAGUUUGGUGUCCGGACUCCGGAGCUAAGAAUUGGUAGAUUCUAGCUAGAUGUAUCAGUUGAUGUAUGUGAGGGGCGCGUCGAAAUAAUUGAUCCGGAGGUGUUUCGCUUCUGUUAAACUGGUGAUAUAUUUGUUUUGAUUAGAAAUGAAAUUGUGUGUUUAUUAUUACCA